AUGGGCGAGGACGCGGACACGCGGAAAAUUAACCACAGCUUCCUGCGGGACCACAGCUAUGUGACUGAAGCCGAUAUCAUCUCUACCGUCGAGUUCAACCAUACUGGGGAGCUGCUGGCCACAGGCGACAAGGGUGGCCGAGUUGUCAUCUUCCAGCGGGAACCGGAGAGCAAAAAUGCGCCACACAGCCAGGGCGAGUAUGACGUCUACAGCACUUUCCAGAGCCACGAGCCAGAGUUCGACUAUCUCAAGAGUCUGGAGAUAGAGGAGAAAAUCAACAAGAUCAAGUGGCUCCCGCAGCAGAAUGCCGCCCAUUCCCUGCUGUCCACCAACGAUAAAACUAUCAAACUAUGGAAGAUUACCGAACGCGAUAAGAGGCCCGAGGGUUAUAACCUGAAAGACGAGGAGGGGAAGCUUAAGGACCUGUCCACGGUGACGUCGCUGCAGGUGCCGGUGCUGAAGCCCAUGGACCUGAUGGUGGAGGUGAGCCCGCGGAGGGUCUUUGCCAAUGGCCACACCUACCACAUCAACUCCAUCUCCGUCAACAGCGACUGUGAGACGUACAUGUCGGCAGACGACCUGCGCAUCAACCUUUGGCACCUGGCCAUCACCGACCGGAGCUUCAACAUCGUGGACAUCAAACCAGCUAACAUGGAGGACCUCACGGAGGUGAUCACCGCGUCCGAGUUCCACCCGCAUCACUGCAACCUCUUCGUCUACAGCAGCAGCAAGGGCUCCCUGCGCCUCUGUGACAUGCGUGCGGCCGCCCUGUGUGACAAGCACUCCAAACUAUUUGAAGAGCCCGAGGAUCCCAGUAACCGCUCCUUCUUCUCCGAAAUCAUUUCCUCCGUGUCAGACGUGAAGUUCAGUCACAGCGGCCGGUACAUGCUCACGCGCGAUUACCUCACGGUCAAGGUCUGGGACCUGAACAUGGAGGCGCGGCCCAUAGAGACCUACCAGGUCCACGAUUACCUUCGGAGCAAACUCUGUUCCCUGUACGAGAACGACUGCAUUUUUGACAAGUUCGAAUGCGCCUGGAAUGGGAGUGACAGCGUCAUCAUGACCGGAGCCUACAACAACUUCUUCCGCAUGUUUGACCGGAACACCAAGCGGGAUGUGACCCUGGAGGCGUCGCGGGAGAGCAGCAAGCCCCGGGCGGUGCUCAAGCCGCGGCGCGUGUGCGUGGGCGGCAAGCGGCGGCGGGACGACAUCAGCGUGGACAGCUUGGACUUCACCAAGAAGAUCCUGCACACGGCCUGGCACCCGGCCGAGAACAUCAUCGCCAUCGCGGCCACCAACAACCUGUACAUCUUCCAGGACAAGGUGAACUCCGAUAUGCACUAG